UCGAAGACUCCAGCACGGCCUCCCAGAGCAUCUGGCGAGGCGGGCUGUCAUGUCUUCCGCCGUGGUUGAGUUCAACGUAGGCGGAGUGUACUACGCCACAUCACUCGACACGCUUCAAGGCAGCGCUAUACUGUCUGAGCUGGCCACAUCGGACACGGCUUGCCGUGAUUCGCAGGGACGUCUGUUCGUCGACAGAGAUGGGCCCCUCUUCCGUUACAUACUCGACUUUCUGCGGUCCCACAAACUCCUCCUUCCCGAAGAAUUCCGAGAGCUACAGCGGCUGAAGGCCGAAGCCGAGUACUAUCAGAUACCAGACCUGGUGGUUUGUCUUUCGCCGAACGAUCCACAGUCCACGACUCUGGUGCCCUGUCCUGGACAACCGGGUUACGUAACAGUCGGCUACAGGGGAACGUUUGCUUUCGGUCGAGACGGGUUAGCUGACGUCAAGUUCCGUAAGCUGACCCGUAUCCUCGUCUCUGGGAAGGUGACCAUAUGCAGGGAGAUCUUCGGAGAAUCGCUGAACGAAUCACGUGAUCCGGACCGUGGCCAGGACGACCGUUACACGUCGAGGUUCUUCUUGAAGCAUAACUCCCUGGAGCAAGCCUUCGACAGCCUCCAGGAUUCGAGAUUUCGUUGCGUGUGUGCAGCUGGAUCGGGUACUUCCGGUGGAGGUACCGGUGAACCUCUCAAGCCUGGGAUGGACUCGGAGGAGAACCGCUGGAAUCAUUACAAUGAGUUCGUGUUCGUUCGACCCUAAGCCGUGUAUUGACUAGGGAGGAAGUAGCACCGAGGAAUUGUGACACUUCCGCUUCAACUAGUCGUCGUCGGCUUCCUGUGGUCCUCUAUGUAGGGAAUCUACUCUUCCAAGACCUCCGAGAUUGAGUACUUCUUCUUCUGGUUGGUUCGUGUCGAUGUUGGUUUAGGGCUCGAUAUUUCGUACUGAACGCCGUUGUUAAUGGCGGUUUCAAGUAAUUUGAGUGAGUGGUGCGGGAGAGAGGAGGAAUCUGUUUAAAGGUACGAAGUAUAUGGUUGGAUGUAAGUUUAGCAAAGCUGCCACUUGUCAUGGUAAAAGGUACCGUGUGUCUAGCUUCUAAACAUAUGAUAGCAGAAGUAAGGUAGAUGAACAACAGAUUUCUAUGAUUCACCUCUUCAGGUAUCCGCUUUCAAUGUAUCUCACUCUUUUUGUCGCGUCAGUGUUUUGUAAGUGCUCGAAAUUGUUCUUGUAAGGGUUCGUGCGUGCAAGAUGGAAAUGGAACUUAAACUAAAAUUUGGAAUGCUAAAUUAGUAGUGGACGUUUAAAAGGAAAUUAUCUGCUGAAGCACGGAGGUUUAACGCGGCGCAUAUGUGUAAUUUUACUCCUGCCUGCAUUUAAUAUAACCUAGGAGUGUUGCGCUAUCACGUCACAUCCCUUUUAGAGAUUGGCGAAUCAGGAACCCACUUCGUAGUACGAGUGCUGGAUGCAGCCACACGUUAGGUUUUCUGGCGAAGCGCUAGUACUUGUAAUUCACACUUAGCUGAUAUGAUUACACUCCUACGUCUGAGGAGGUAACAGAUUUGUUUUUUGUUUUUUGUUUUUUUUGCACUGCGUGUAACAGCAGUCGGUGAUGCCUCACGUUGUGGAACCGAGUCAUCAGUCAUGGAUUGAUUGUUUCGAGCCGCAGGGAGAAACCGCUCUGUCGUCCGUAGGUUGUACUUAUUAGGUUAUCCGGGCCAUUCCCGUUUCCGUUUAAUCUCUGAGGAAAAUUCCUAUCUUCACGCUUUGACAAUUUCAUGGGCUGCGCCAAUGGGCUUAUGUUAACUCCUGCCAUUUCGCGAUACGCACAUUACAGUGCUCCAUGUCAGACUUGUUCAAUACGUCUUCGAAGCAAAACAUUGGCGCAGAUGCGUCGUGCACAUGAUAUGUGCUGCCAUUCUUGCUAAUUUUUAGUUCUCUAACUGUAACUCCAGUCACCUUCACCGACAAGUGUAAUAGAGAGGCUCGCAUUUGGUGACACCGAAUUAAGUCAUUUUAGAAUUGAUUCCAGGUAGACUUUUUUCUCAAGCCGUAGAUCCCAACCUGCAAUCGCAAUCUACCAAUCUGCACACACCUACUUCAGAAGUGGCGGUGUACAUAACCUUCUUGUGCGUGAAUGCUCUUCUCUGUGUAUGGGAUCGAUAAACCCUUACCGCGUGAAGGGUGACUUUCUGAAUGGUAGGGAUCAGUAUUCGCUCCAACUUUGCCUGGAGCUACCAGUUAAUCAUAUUUGAUAAUGAUCGUAGUCGUUGUCGAUAUAAUCUAACGUAUAUUCAUUCAUCGUCUCGGACCGACCGUCCCCCAGAAGACACACGUAGCCGCGUCCUUUUCAUAGCGUUACAUCUGGAGAGAACCACAUACCUCGCAAACAGCUAGGGUUUUAGUGCACGUAAAGCGACCCAAAUAGCCAAUCUUGCAACCUAAAUUAAGUACGUCGGCACCCUGAAGCAUGCUGGUGUGUUAGCUAGCCAUUGUGCGUCCUUAAUUGCCCAUUUGGAGCCUCAGAAUUCCGGAGCAAAAUGCCGACGUAAAUAACCCCAUCCUGAGGGCUACUGGGUCCUGCCAGUUUCAAAGAGGUCUAAAAAUAGAAACCGCCUUCGAUUUCCAAUGCCACUGCCUUGCUGGCUUUCACCUUUACUUUCGUUGUGUUGUUUCUGUUCGUUGCGCAUCUACGCAAUGUCGUUUAAUGCACACUAAUCAGGCGUGUACUUACCGCAUCAUGUUCGUCUUUUUUCUCGGAGCAGUCAAUUAGCUCUUUAGGUACUGUAUCAUAUUAUACUGUGAACAGAAACGUGGGGUUCUCCGCAAUUUUGAUGUGUUGACAGGGUUCAUUCUGUCUUUACACUGGAGAAGUGAUUAAUGAUGUGACAUUGUAAUGAUGAUGAUUUAUAUAUAUAUAAUAUAUAUAUAUAUAUAUACGUGUGUACUUACGCUGAUGACGUCAUCGAAAAGGCUGCUUCGCACGCGAUCCUAUUUUCUGGGGCUGGUCGCGUGGUUGCGGACUUUUCGACCAAUCGCUCUCUUUUUUCCAUGUGACGUAGUUCCGGUGGGGGGCCCUCGCUGCGAGAAGCCGGAACUCGUUGUUAAAUUGACUUCCACAUUACAAUAUUUCGGGAUAAAAAUGAAAAAUGCAUAUCUUAACGUGCUGUACAAAGUGUGUAGUUGCGUAGUAGCUUUUGAUGUGCAAUCGCUAUAUGAUACCGUAUAUUGGAAACAUGAAACCCUGUUUGAGAGAUCGAGUGUUCGUUUAUCUCGCACUUAUAUGCCCGAUUACUAAAACACACACCUAUGUAACUCAUACGACGCGCUUGAUACAGUAUUAGUUAUGAAUGUGUUCUGUCUGUGAGCGCUCGUUGAAAGAUGAUCAUUAUACUGACCAACCACGGGCGCACAUAUAUCAUUGAUGAGAUAUGACGUGUCCAUCAUGAGAAUAAUGCAUAUGUGGACGUGCUUGUGAUUAAUGUAUGUGAUAACAGUAAUAUGAAUCUCAUGAAAGCUGUGAUUGAUUGAUAUCGAGAAAGGUGUCUCUGACGUUGACCGUCAAUGUUUAGUAUAUAAUCCUGACCACUCAUUAUCGUUUCACGUGGAUAUUGGUCGUUUGGAAAUGUUCAAUCAAAGUGUGUGUUUCGUGCGAGAGAGUCCGUGGUCGUAUUUAUAUCUGUGUGCCUCGCCUAUCGAACCUAUUCUCGUAUUUUUUUACAAGCUUAGGUUGAGCGUUGUAUAAUCCUUAUGACGAUAAGUUGCGGUACACUUCGCAUUAUCACAUUAUCGCAGAAGGCUGAUAACACCACCUGUUGUCUUUUUUUUUACCCCUUAUUCAACUCAAGAGGAUAUAUCUUAUAGUCUAAAAAUGAUUACUAUGUAGAACUUUGUACGAUAUGUUGAUGACGAGAAGUGAUGCUAUACAUACAUGCAUAAAUAUAGAUAUAUAUAUAUAUAUAUAUAUAUAUAUAUAUAGUUGUAAUGAAAAUAAAAGUUGCAUAUUUGAAAA